AUGGUAGAUAUUAAUAAACGAGUGUUUUGGCAUUUUACAUUUAAAGACAUAUUAACUAUUCUAUGUUCAGCUGCUAUACCCAUAGCUCUUGCUGUUUAUACUGCCAUUGAGUCUCAACAACAAAAACAACAAGCUGAGAAAAAACAACAGUUUGAUUCGGAACAAGCUGAAAAAAUACGACGGUUUGAUUUGGAGCAAGCUGAAAAUAUACGACAGUUUGAUUUGGAACAAUCAAGAGAACUAAGACAACAAACACUUUAUGAUGAAUUUAUAAAUAAUAUUUAUAAACUAGAUAAAGAUGGAUAUCUGAAAGAGAAAAAAAAUCCAUGGGCAUUUGCAAAUGCAUAUUAUCGUGCUGCACAUCGUCAAUGGGACACAAAACGUAAAGCAGAUGUUUUACAAUUUCUCAAAGAAAAACAAUUAAUUGGUAGAAAUAAUUGUACUAAUGGAUGUAAAACGACAAAUUUAGAUGAUAUAAUCCAUUUGAAUAAGUUAAACUUCGAUAAUGUACACCUAGCAAGUGAAACAGGUGUAUUAAAUCAACUGGAUUUAGAAUGUGUUUCUUUUGAUCAAGUAUCAAUGUCAAAUACAACAUUUUCAUUUGCUAGUUUAAAUGGUGUAUCAUUUGAUGGAGGUCGAUUGGAUAACGUUAAAUUUGAUGGUGCAUCUUUACUUUGUACUAGUUUCAAUGGUGUAAAUCUGUCGGGAACAGAUUUUGGAAACUCUGAUCUGACAGGUGCGCACUUUUCAAACAGUGAUAUGACAGGUGCUAAAAUAACGGAAGAUCAAAUAAAUCAGGCAUCUUUUGAUAAUGUGAUUAUGCCAAACAGAGAGAAGAGUGAAACUACAUCAUCAACUACAGCAAAACAACCUAUAACACAAACAACAACAAUACUAAGAAUAGAAAUGUCAACAACAACAACAACAACAAUAACAACAUCACCAUCAGCAUCAUCAACAACAACAACAACAUUAACACUCUCAUCAUCAUCAUCAUCCACAACAACAUCGACAAUGACAAAAUCAACGCCGCCGCCAUCAUCAUUAUCAUCAACAACAACGUCAUCGACAACAACAUCAACAACAACAACAAUAACAACUACAUCAUCAUCAUCAUCAUCAACAGCAGCAGCAGCAACAUCAUCAUCAACAGAGGAAACAUUAUUAUCAACGUCGUCAACAACAACAACAACAUCAAUCGCUUGGAAUAGUACAUUUCUUAAUCAAAAUAUUUACUCAACUGGUUUAUACCCAUAUGCAGUAGCAGUAGCCAAUGUCAACAACGACAAUCAACUCGAUAUUGUCACUGCAAAUAGUGGUUCAAGCACCAUUAGUGUUCUUUUUAACAAAGGCAACGGUACUUUUUCUUCUCCAACUAAUUACUCAGCCGACGGAAGUCCAUUUACAGUAGCAGUCGCCGAUGUGAACAGUGACAAUAAAUCUGAUAUUGUCAUUGCAAAUUUGAUGUUACGCACCGUUAGUGUUCUUCUCAACGCAGGCAACGGCACUUUUUCUACUCGAACUAAUUACUCAGUUGGUGGAGCUCCACAGGCAGUAACAGUGACCGAUGUAAACAGCGAUAAUAAACCCGAUAUUGUCGCUGCAAAUCAGGGUUCAGACAGCGUCAGUGUUCUUUUCAAUACAGGCAACGGCACUUUUUCUUCUCAAGUUACUUACGCAGUUGGCGGAGGUCCACAGGCAGUAACAGUAAUCGAUGUAAACAGCGAUAAUAAACCCGAUAUUGUCGCUGCAAAUGUGGAAUCAAACACCGUCAGUGUUCUUUUCAAUACAGGCAACGGCACUUUUUCUCCUCAAGUUACUUACGCAGUUGGUUUAAGUCCACAUUCAGUAGCGGUAGCCGAUGUGAACAGCGACAAUAAACCUGAUAUUAUCACUGCAAACUAUAAGCCAAACACUGUCACUGUUCUUCUCAACACAGGCAACGGCACUUUUUCUCCUCAAUUUACUUACAAAGUUGGUGAAAAUCCACAUUCAGUAGCGGUAGCCAAUGUGAACAGUGACAAUACACCUGAUAUUGUCACUGCAAACUAUGGGUCAAACACUGUCAGUGUUCUUCUUAACAGAGGCAACGGCACCUUUUUUCCUCAAACUAUUUACCGAGUUGGUGCAACUCCAUCAUCAGUAGUAAUAGCAGAUGUGAACAGUGACAAUAAACCCGAUAUUAUCGUCGUAAACAAAGCUGGAAACACCGUCAGUAUUCUCCUACAGUCUUAA